AUGUCUCGUAAUGCUAAGUCAGACGAGAUCUCUCAUCUUACGUGCAAUGAUAGAGUGAUCAGUGACUCAGCUGACUUAACAGAGUGUUUUAAUAAUCAUUUUGCAGAAAUUGGGUUGAAAUUUAGACUUGAUGAACCGGAUGAAUUAAAUAAUUGCAGUUUUGAUGAUUAUUUAAAACAAGCGGAUACGGUUUUCACGUUAGAUUUGACAACACCAAGUGCUGUUUUUAAGUUACUCUCUUCAUUGCAGGAAGGAAAAGCAAUGGGUCUUGAUGAGAUUCCGGCUAAAUUGUUAAAAUGUGCCGCGUCAGUGAGAUCAGACUCUUUAUGCAACUUAUUCAACUGUUCGAUAGCAACUGGUGUAUUUGCAGAUGAUUGGAAAAUUGCAAAAGUUAAGCCACUUUAUAAAGGAGAUGCAAAAGAUAUUUUAAAUAAUUACAGACCAAUAUCUAUUCUAAGUGCCGUGAGCAAAAUCUUUGAACGAAUCGUUUAUGAUCAGUUGCAAGCAUACCUUAAUGAAAAUGGCCUUAUUUAUGAUAAACAGUCUGGAUUUAGGCCAGUUCACUCCACCACAAGCGCACUUUUGGACGCAACUACAGAAUGGCUAAGCAGUAUGGAUAAAGGUCAAUUGAAUUCUGUAGUGUUUCUUGAUUUGGCCAAGGAAUUUGAUACGGUGGAUCAUGAGAUUUUGUUGAGCAAACUCCAGAUUUAUGGAGUUGAUUCAAUGAGUCUCAAUUGGUUUAAAUCGUAUCUAUUUGACGGGAAACAAAAAUGUAAUAUAAAUGGUCUAGUAUCAAGUGAGCGCUCGUUGCUAUGUGGGGUAUCUCAAGGAUCUAUUUUUGGUCCUUUGCUAUUUCUUGUUUACAUUAAUGACCUUCCUUCUUGUCUGCAACAUUCUACAGCACGAAUGUAUGCGGAUGAUGCAAAUAUAACUACAACUGGAAAGUCGAUAAAAGAAAUAGCAUCUGGAGCCAAUACAGAUCUUGAAAAUAUUCGCAUAUGGCUCAAAGCAAAUAAACUUACCCUGAAUGCUACCAAAACGGAGUAUAUGUUCAUUGCGUCUAACAGUAAUCUUGACAAAUUGCGGGACAUACAAUAUUUAGUUUUGGAUGGAAAACCCAUAAGAAGAGUUAAAGUAUCAAAAUCACUAGGGAUAUUUAUUGACGAAAGAUUGUCAUGGAGAGGUCAUAUUGAUAAAAUCUCUAAGACCAUAUGCUCCGGAAUUUCCGGUCUUCGGCAAGUGAGAGAGUUUGUUACCCUUUCAACAUUACUUACAAUAUAUAAUUCACUAAUUCAACCAAUAUUUGACUAUUGUGAUGUUGUUUUGGAUAACAUGUCAAUCAUACUUGCUCAACGACUCCAAGAGUUAUCACCUGUUAGGGUUAUGAAGUAA